AUGUUCGCUCUCACACCCUGGCGCGGUACGCCAGGCACCCAGCCAAAGACCUUCAGCCAGCAGAAGAACCUGCCGCGUCUGCCCGUGCCCACGCUCGAGCAGACGUUCGACAAGUACCUCAAGUCGCUUUCGCCCUUCCUGCGUCAGCUCGAAGAACAGGGCAAGCUCGAGGGCAGCACUGCAGAAAAGGAGCUCGCCAAGCGUUCCCAAUGGGUGCAAGAAUUUCUCGCAAAUGGCGGUCUUGGUGCCAAGCUUCAGCAGAGGCUCAUCGACGUUGACCGCACCACCGACAACAACUGGCUCGAUGACCGAUGGUGGCUUCAAAAGGCAUACCACGAGUGGCGCGUGCCGCUUCUCAUCAACAGCAACUGGUGGCUCAUGUUCACCCACGACCAAAAUAUGCCCAGCGAUCUGGCAGAGCACCGCGGUCACGACGUCUACCCCAUUACCGGUCUCGGUACGCAGGCUUGGGACGAUGCUGCGUGGGGUGUCCGUCGUGCCGCUUGGCUCGCUUCGCGCUUCUUGCAGUUCAAGAAGCGCCUCGAUGACGAGGAUAUCAUGCCUGACUCUUCUCGUGCCGGUCCGUUUUGCAUGCACCAGUAUACGCGUCUCUACGGAAUCACACGCAUUCCAGCUAUUCCUCACGACUGGAACACCGCAACUCCACACCCUUCCCCAGCACGACACAUCACAGUCAUUGCUCGCGAUAACUACUACGAGCUCGAAGUGAUGCGCAAGGACGGCACCCUAUUGGGCGUUGACACGAUCGAAAAGGCGCUCUGGGACAUUAUCGCCGAUGCGCAAAGAGGCGACGGUGCUGGUGUCGGUGUAUUGAGCUCCGACAAUCGCGACACUUGGACAAAGACCCGCGAGCACUUGCUGAGCGUAUCGCCUACAAACCGCAAGAGUAUCAACUCGAUUGAAGACAGCAUUUUCUGUCUCUCGCUCGAUUCGAGCGUACUUGCUCUUUCUUCCGAUCACCCGGCGCCGGCGCACGAGGCCACACCAUUUUGGGUGGACGCACUCGCACGCAACACCAGCGGUGCUGCACGAGGCGGACACAACCGCUGGUUCGACAAGGCGCUCACCAUCGUCGUCGAGCCCAACGGACGUGCCGGCAUCAUGGGCGAGCACUCGCCGUGCGAUGCGCUCAUUCCCAGUAUCCUCUGCGACUUUGCCGCUGCCGAGCCAUGCCCUCCUCCAGGAUCCGGACUUCCCGCCGAGUUGAGCUCGCCCAACGAGUCGGCCGGCUGGCGCAAGCUCGAAUGGGCGAUCGACGACUCGACCAAGCAGUCGAUUGCGCAGUCGGAACAGGCCGCUCUGCAGGCUGCCACGGAGUCGGACAUCCGUGUACUCUGGUACGACGAGUACGGAGCCGACUGGAUCAAGAAGGUGGGCAAGCAUAGUCCCGAUGCCUAUCUGCAAAUGGCGCUCCAGCUGGCGUAUGCAAAGGCGCACGGACAGCAGGUGUCGACCUACGAGACGGCGUCCACGAGGCUCUUCAAGCACGGCCGCACCGACGUCAUCCGAUCGUUCAGCGACGAGGCGUACGAGUUUGUGCGCGGCGUGCGCGAGGGCAAGGAUGCCAAGACGCUGUACGCGCUGCUGACCGCUGCCACCAAGUCGCACAACACGCAGACGCGCGAGAGCUCGACAGGCAAAGGUAUCGACCGACACAUGACCGGAUUGCGGCUGCUUCUGCGUGCCGAGGACGGCGAGACUCCCGCCGUGUUCUCCGACCCGCUGUUUGGCGAGUCGCAGUCAUGGCGCUUGAGCACGAGUGGGUUGAGUGCCGGUGAUCGAUUUGCUGGCACUGGCUUCGGUACAGGCUACCCGACCGAAUCGUACGGCAUCAACUACCUCGCUGGUGCGCAGCUGCUCAAGUUUGGCGUUGAGUCCAAGAACAAAGCGACGACCCAUUUCACAAAGUGCCUGGUGGAGGCGCUCCGCGACAUGCGACGCAUCUGUGAAGAGGGGGGUCCUCCCCCGCAAGCCACCGAGGCUCACAAGUUGUAA